AUGGAAAAUUUCGAGUUGGUGUUCAUCCCCUCUCCCGGGCUGAGCCACCUCGUCUCCACAGUCGAGGCCGCCAAGCUCCUCCUCAACCGGGACCCACGCCUCUCUGUCACCAUCCUCAUCAUGAAGCUCCCGACCGACCAAACCGUCGACAAAUACACCCGAACCACCCUCAUCACCGCACCCCGCCUCACCAUAACCCACCUCCCGAACCACGACUUCGCGCCCACCCCCGACCGCAUACCCAUGAUUGACUUUAUCAACACCCGCGGGCCCCACGUCAAGGAAGCCGUCUCGGGCCUCAUAUCCCAGCGGGUCGGGCAAACGGGCUCCCGUGUCGCGGGCCUCAUCCUCGACAUGUUCUGCACCGUCUUCACCGAUAUCGGAGACGAGCUCGGCCUCCCGUCUUACGUCUUCUUCACAUCGGGCGCGUCUGCACUCGGCCUCUUCAACUACCUCGUCUCCCUUAAAUUUGAGAAAGGCGAAGACCUCACCAGGUACAAGGACUCGAUCCUCGACCUGCCUGUCCCCUGCUUUGCGAGCCCUGUUCCGGCUAAAGUGCUGCCCGCCAAUAUCGUCUCCGGCGGCCCGGUUUCCUCAACUGCCCUCAGCUACUUCAAGAGAGUUGCGGACACGAAGGGGGUCAUGGUCAACACGUUUGAAGGGCUCGAGCCCUUCGCUCUCGAGUCCCUAAAAAACGACGGGAAGAUGCCCAGGGUGUACCCGGUGGGCCCGGUGCUGAACGUGGAGAAUCAAACCCUAGAGGGCGAGUUGAAGGAGUGGCUCGACGGGCAGCCGGACGGGUCGGUGGUGUUCCUCUGCUUCGGGACGAGGGGGAGCUUCGACCGGGCCCAGGUGGCGGAGAUUGCGGCGGGCUUGGAACGUAGUGGGACCAGAUUCCUUUGGUCGCUGAGGAAGCCCGGCGGGGUUUUCGUGCCCCCGACCGAGGUGAUCGGGUGGGCCUCACAGGUGGCGGUGCUGGCCCACGUGGCGGUUGGAGGUUUUGUGUCGCACUGUGGUUGGAACUCGACGCUCGAGAGCGUGUGGGCCGGAGUUCCCAUGGCCACGUUCCCAUUGUACGCGGAGCAGCAGAUGAACGCGUUUUUGCUGGUGAGGGAGCUCGGGAUUGCGGAGCCGAUUAGAAUAGAUUAUAGGAAGGAUUUUUUUUCCGAGGAGGGCACGUCGCCGGAGAAUAUUGUGGGGGCGGAGGAGAUAGAGGCGGUGGUAAGGCGACUGAUGGCAGCCGAUGGUGGUGGGAUUAGGGAGAAGGUGAGAGAAAUGCAAGAGAAAAGCAGGGCAACUGUGGAGAAAGGCGGGUCAUCUUAUAAUGCUAUAACCAGCUAUAUUGAGGAUGUUAUUAGGAAUAUUAGUUAG